CGAUGACUUCAAUAUCUUGGAAAAGAAAUGGCUGUGAUUUGAUAUUGUCCGACGAAUCCGAAAAUUAUUCUGGGGGAACACUAGAUGAUUUCUGCCUAAGAAUUAGCCAUGUUAAAGACAACUGUUUCGGUACAUACGAAUGCACAGCUCGAAAUGUAUUUGGGGAAAUGACAAUUCACAUCACAUUAGAAUGUCCAAGCUUCACUCUUGGAGAAAUCAAAACUGAUGGAGAGGACGUCAUAAUUGAGUACACCGUAUCUGUGUCUGAAGACUGUAAACCAAUGACUUCAAUAUCUUGGAAAAGAAAUGGCUGUGAUUUGAUAUUGUCUGACGAAUCCGAAAAUUAUUCUGGGGGAACACCAGAUGAUUUCUUCCUAAGAAUUAGCCAUAUUAAAAACGACUGUUUCGGUACAUACGAAUGCACAGUUCGAAAUGUAUUUGGGGAAAUGACAAUUCAUUUUACAUUAGAAUGUCCAAGCAUCACUCUUGGAGAAAUCAAAGCUGAUGGGGAAGAUGUUGAAGUUGAGUACGCCGUAUCUGUGUCUGAAGACUGUAAACCAAUGACAUCUAUAUCUUGGAAAAGAAAUGGCUGUGAUUUGAUAUUGUCCGACGAAUCCGAAAAUUAUUCUGGGGGAACACUAGAUGACUUCUGCCUAAGAAUUAACCAUAUUAAAAACGACUGUUUCGGUACAUACGAAUGCACAGUUCGAAAUGUAUUUGGGGAAAUGACAAUUCACUUCACAUUAGAUGACAUACAGUGCCGUUCUAGGGAAUGUCAAAGUUUCCUUCUCUGCUGUUUGCUCCUAGAUAAAUGUCAACCCAGUAAAAAUAAACCAGAUGACUGGGAAGAAAAGCUUAAAAUAUCCUGGAAAUUUUGCUGUGGGGAUGACGACAAAAAUAUCACAAAGCGUGUCCUAACCGUUAUAUCAGAUGGAAAAUUUGAAGAUCACAUUAAUUGUGAAAAUAAUGAGUACAAAUUGCUAUCACCCGAUGUAGUAUUUCAGUCAUUUCUACGAAAGAGUGGUUUUGUAGACUUCUUCCUUCAGCACGCUUGUUCACGAAACAUAAGUAUCUACUGUCGAUCAGCUGGGUACAAAAAGGAUCCAUGUGAAACUUGCUGCAAUGUCACUCCCGAGCAGUUCAAGGUCGUCGUACAGCGGCUCAAUUUCGACAUCCUGACUAAUAAUUCAAUCAAGGACAAAGCAUGUCAUCCAAUCAUCGAAGAAGCUCUGAAUAUUCCAAAGGGAAUUCUUAGUUUAGGGAGUGAGGGGAUAUCCAAAUAUCUAGAAGAACUCACCCACGGCGAUCAUGUAGUCUUUGUUGCAAGGGGAAUGUUAGUUGGAUGUGAGGGAGCAGGAAAAACAAGCCUUCUGCGCAGACUUAGAGGGGACGAUAACCCAAAUCCUACAUCAACUAGAGGAAUAGACGUCAAUGUUAAUGUAUUCACAGUGGAUGGGGGAAAACUUGAGGUUACAACCAAUCCAAAUAAAGCAUGUCUCCGCUCAACUUUAAAUCAAAAUGAUCGAACUGAUGUUCAAAAUCAAACCACGAAUGCUUCUGCAAACCAGCUAUCUGGAAGUUUUGAUUUCAAGGACGAAAAAAUCGAGGACGAAAAAAUUUCGACAAAAAAACCCCAAACGUCGUACGAAAUAAAUAGCAAACGAGUUACAACGACAAUACAUCAAAGAUAUCAAAGAGAAAACAAGGAAAAUGGGGAUUCUAGUGUAAACGAUAACACGAAUUAUAGUGAAGAAGACGAGAUUGUGACUGAAAAUAUACUUUCUUUGGAUUUCAGUAUCCCUACAUCCGAUGAUACUGAUAUCCCCCAUAAAAUUUCCAUGGAGGAAAUAUUGUCAGAGUCUUUUGCAGAUCGGGGGAAAAUAGUUACAAUCUUUGACUUUGCUGGACAGUUUGCAUACUAUGCCUGUCAUCACCUUUAUUUUUCUCCUAAUGAUUUCUACAUUUUAGUAAUGGACAUUACAAAGAGACUGAAUGAUCGAGUAACUUUAGACAAAACAACACAAAUACACAAUCAAGGAGAUCCACAUGACAACAUAAGUGAUGGUCGGUGUAAGAUUGAAAGAUCUAUCUAUGACAGUUGGACUUAUCUAGAAUAUACAGAAUAUUGGCUUCAAUCCAUUUUGACAAAUUCUGUUGGGAUAACGCCAGCAGCGAUGAAAAAUGACAACAAACCUUCUGAACAGGCACCUCUUAUUCUUAUAGCCACUCAUGCGGAAGAAAAAACAAAAAAGGAUGUUGAAGACUAUUUUCGGGAUCUCCGGGACAAGUUUCCAACAAUGAGUGUCCACAUUGAUUAUACCAAUGCAUUUUGCACUGGUUAUUGGGGACAAAAUUCAAACCUCGACGAAAUUAAGAACGGUAUUAUAAAAGUUGUUAAGACGCUUCCAAAUUGGGGGAAAAGGAUUCCUUUGUCAUGGUUUUACAUAGAAACUUUAUUAAGAAAGAUUUCGAGUUGGAAGAUAAUCAAAACCGAUCAAUUGCUACAAAGGUGUGGAACAAGUGGUGUUAAAGUUGAGAGGAAAGAUGAUCUUAUUACUCCAUUACUCUUUCUGCAUAACACUGGGGUUGUUUUAUUUUUUGACGAAGAGAAUCUCAGAGAUUUUAUCAUUCUAGAUGUACAGUGGUUUGUUGACGCAUUCAAAAAUAUUAUCACGGAUGAAAAUCACGCAAAACGGGAUAUACCCCAGGACCUGUACGAGAAAUGGAAGAUGUUUAAUAAUAAUGGACUUUUGACUGGUUCCCUAUUGUCUUCAAUCUGGAACAAAUGUGAACAAAACGAUCUGUACAAUGCAAAGAAAACUGAAAUUAUUGCUAUGAUGAUAAAACUGAAUGUUUUGACAGAGGUAACACCAUCUAUAGGUACAACGAUGUCAGAUAUGUGGUAUUGUCCGUGUAUGAACAAACAAACAUUCCCUACAGCAGAGUUUGAAAAACUUCGGAAUUCCUCUCUUUUUUGUUUCAAGUUCAAUUUUCUCCCAAAAGACCUAUUCCAUCGGUUAAUUGCUGCUUGUAGCAACAAGUUAAAAUGGAAAAUCGUUAAAUUGAAAUUUCUUUGUGUCUACCAAACAGCGACAGUUUUCGAUAUUAAAAAAAGCAAAGUCUUAAUAGGCAUGCACAGUAACGAUAAGAUACUUAUCCAAUACCUUGAUCUUCCAGAGUCUAAAAGUGCUGAUUAUUUAGGCAUUCGUGAAAAAAUUAGAAAGUUAAUUGAUGAACUGACAGAGAAAUUAGUGCAUUGCGCAUACGAGGUAGGAUACAUGUGCGAGAAAAACGUUUUUGGAAAAUCAAACAUCUCUCUCUCCCAUUUUAUAGCAGGGUCCGAUUUGGAAGAUACUGAAGAGGACGGUAUCAGCUGUUCUGAGUGUGGAUUUAGUCGAAAAAUUUCUGUUACAGAUAUAAAGUGGGAAGGAGUUAAACAUGGCUACAGCAUGAAGACAACACAGAAAUCAUCAAAAGCUGGACCCUCUCCUCCAGUCAGACAGCUGCUUGAUGAACCAGAGACUGUCACUACCAUAGACACUGGGUAUAAAUACCUUUGCAAUGUGGUCUGUCUGAGUGAUAAAGAAAUCUGGACAAGAGGAAAUGACUACACCAUGAAACUCUACAGCAUCAAUCAGGGAUUACUACUCAAGUCAAUCAUAACCAAGUCAGGGAACAUUCCAUGGGACAUAGCAGUGACAAGAAGUGGAGAUCUAGUUUAUACCGAUACCAGUGAUAGAACUUUGAACAUUGUGAAGAAUGAGAGGAUGGAGGUGAUCAGACUGCAGAACUGGUGCCCUUACAAUGUCUGUAGUACCUCCUCUGGUGACCUCCUGGUUAUCAUGAAAAGGGAUGAUAAACUAACAAAAGUUGUCCGUUACUCUGGCUCCAAAGAGAAACAAUCCAUUCAGUUUGAUGAUAAAGGCAAACCUCUCUAUUCACCUGGUGAUUAUUCUAGAUACAUAACUGAAAACAGGAACCUGGACAUCUGUGUGUCUGACUGUAGAGCUAAUGCAGUAGUGGUGGUCAAUCAGGCUGGGGAACUGAGAUUCAGGUACAAUGGAUAUACUCCUCCUCGAAAGAACAGACCAUUCUAUGCGCGAGGAAUCACCACAGACAGUCAGAGUCACAUCCUUACAGCGGAUAAUAACAAUGACUGUGUUCACAUCAUAGACCAGGAUGGACAGUUCCUCUGUUACAUAGACGGUGGACUGAGUCAACCUUGGGGACUGUGUACAGAUACAAAUGACAAUCUGUUUGUUGCUCAAUUUGGAAACAAUCAAGUGAAGAAAAUCAAAUAUCUGAAGUGA